AUGUCGUUGCUACAACCUAUGAGAGAUAUGGCAGCUAAAAUGAAAACGCUAUGUUUUAAAAUCAUGAACUUUGAACAUCUGGAUGGAUCUUAUACUUCGGAGUCUAAAUUGGAAAAUGGAGGACACUGGGCGGUCCGGUUUGUCUCCAGCAAGACGGCAAAAUCCACGAAGCGUCGCCUAAGUGUCUACUUGGUCUGCUUUCCAGCCACCGAUAAUCCCGAAUGGUCCAUCUCCACAUCGUUUGCCUUCAGAUUUCUCAACUCUUGGGGAAACUCGAAAACCAAGAUUUCUCCACUUUGUACCCAUACCUUUACUGCCAAGGAUAACUCCAAAGGUGCUAGUGGAUUCUGUGCCUGGGAUGAUAUUGUUACACCGAACUCUGGAUUCUUGGUAAACGGCGUUUUCACAAUUGAAUUUGAUUUGAGUAUCAGUCGGACAACUGGAUACCAAAUAGAGAAAAAGGAUCAUACCAGUUUUCUGGCCGAUGGGAAACUGAUUGUAGAGGAUCAGACUAUUGAUGUCUGUCUAGCACUUCUUGCCGACAAUUCUCCAGUUCUUUAUGACAUGAUCUACAACGAGAAUCCGGGACAAACCGAAUUCGAAAUCUUCGACUUCACUUAUGAUUCUAUUCUUGGUAUGGUAUCCAUUCUUCAAUUGGAUGAGUUCAAAGUUAAUGUACGUAACUAUCGAGAUCUCCUGGAACUGGGUCAACGAUAUCAAAUAGUGGCAGUGAUGGAUCAGUGUGAAGAAUUUUUGCUGAGAACGAAGAAAGUUUCAAUUGAAACCAAACUGAAACUUUCGGAGACUUUUCAACUGCAUUUCUUGCAAUUCCGAACAAUUGAGCGUAUCCAAUGCAUGGAACGCUUGGAAGCCAUCCUCGACGAGAACAUCGACAUCGAAGACAAGACGUACGAGGCUCUUCUGGAAAAGAUGAAGCAACUCAAAUCUCAGGAAGAGAAGGAAUCGUGCAGUUGUAAAAAGAAGCAUUGUGGUCGAUCACGAGUAUAG